AUAAGUAGUCACCGGAAAUGGAUGACAUCGUACAACGCGACAUCAUUACCUCACCCUGAGGCCCCGGAGAACACUUCAAAGGACAAUUGUGGAUUGUACAGAGAGGGUAAUGAGGGCAGGCUGCUCAAUGAAAUCCGGAUAACUGUGGUAUGGGGAACGCCCAAGGGUAGAAUAAAAGGGUCUUCUGGGAGGCAUAUGGUGUUUCUGGCCGAUGAGAUGAAACCUCAGCUACUUGUAAGCUUGUGUGCUCAUGAGCAGGAUCCUGGUGACUCGCAUAUGGUCAUCAUAUCUUGGUUGUCUUACCUAAUAGAGUUGUACACAUUAGUAUUAGCCAAUGAUUUCUCAGGGUUCGAGCGAGGGUCUCGCUGA